GUGGAGGCAGAUGUCUGGAGAUCAAAGUUCAUUCAAGAAGCAGUAAAGAAUGUCUCCCACUUUGACUGGAAAAACUUUCAAAACGAGACUGUCAAACGGAUGUUCUGGAAGAUAACUAUAAAUGUAGGACCGACAGCUCUUAGCGAUCCGGAAAAAGUGAAGAAGUUAGGCAACGUUAUAGCCGAGAUGAAGAAGAUAUACAGCGAGGCAGAUGUAUGCAAUGUCACUCAGGGCGACUGUUUAGACAUGGAAUUUGGACUGACUCCAAUCAUGGCGGAUAACAGAAAUUACGAUACUUUACUGCGGGCCUGGAAGGGGUGGAGAGACGCCAGCGGGAAACGGAUCAGGGACCUAUACACGCAAUACGUCAAUCUGGCAAACGAGGGGGUCCGGGAAGCACCCGGGGAUUACGCAGACAUGGGGGAGUAUUUGCGGGAUUGGUACGAAUCCUCCACGUUCCAGAGGGAUGUGACGGAACUACUGAGACAGCUACAGCCCUUGUACUCCCAGCUCCACGCAUACGUGAGGGCUCGUCUACAGGAGCAAUAUCCUCAGCACCGCUUUCCCAAGUCUGGCCAUAUACCAGCACAUAUCCUUGGAAAUAUGUGGGCUCAAAACUGGGAGAAUGUGUACCACAUAGUUCAGCCUUACAAAGACAGACCGGAAAUAGAGGUUACAUCUUCACUCAAAAAACAGCACUACAACGUGACGGACAUAUUUAGGACGGCAGAAUAUUUUUACACCAGUCUGGGGUUACCUUCUCUGCCAGAGAGCUUUUGGGAAAAGUCUAUGUUGUCAAAACCAACAGACGGUCGCAAAGUCGUAUGUCAUCCAUCUGCAUGGGAUUUCGGCAACGGCAAAGACUUUAGGAUAAAGAUGUGUACCGCCAUCACGAUGCCGGAGCUGAUUGUUGUUCACCAUGAGAUGGGACACAUUAUGUAUGACAUGUUAUAUAAAAACCAGCACAUUGUAUUCAGGGAAGGCGCAAACCCGGGUUUUCAUGAAGCCAUUGGAGAUUUGAUGGCUCUGUCCGUGUCAACACCUUCUCAUUUGAAGAAAAUUGGACUGCUGGACCGUGUACAGAACGACACAGAGAGUGAGCUAAACUUUCUGAUGGCACAAGCUCUCCGGAAGAUUACCUUCCUUCCAUUUGGUUAUCUGAUUGACCAAUGGCGAUGGAGCGUAUUUAGCGGGAAUACUACGGAUUCUAAUUACAACAAACACUGGUGGGAUCUAAGAUGCCGGUAUCAAGGAAUUAACCCUCCUGUUGAGAGAAGCGAGGAGGAUUUUGAUCCUGGUGCUAAAUAUCAUAUCCCAUCUGGUACCCCAUAUAUCAGGUACUUCGUCAGCCAUGUCCUCCAAUUCCAGUUCCAUAAGGCUCUAUGUCGGGAGAUGAAUCACACUGGCCCACUGCACACUUGUGAUAUUUACAACUCUACUGCCGCAGGGAACAAACUCAAAUCCGCUCUAAAGCUUGGCUCAUCGAGACCAUGGCCAGAUGUUCUGAAGAUCUUAACAGGGACUUCUAAAAUGGAUGUUGGACCUUUGAUGGAAUAUUUUUCUCCUCUUAUUGAAUGGCUAAAGGACAGAAACAAACAAGAAGGAAAUAACCCAGGCUGGGCCCCUUACGGAUGUCCAUCUCUUAAAACAGGGCGUGUUGGUGAUGAAGAAGCAGCCCGACAGUUCGCCCAAGACUUCAAUGAUAUGUCAGAGACUCAAUACAGCAGGGAUACCGAAGUAAACUGGCAAUAUAAUACAAAUAUCACAGAGUAUAAUCAACGACAAGUGGUAAAAUCUAGUGUGGAGUUGGCCGAGUUCAAGAAGGAAAUGGCAGACUUAGCUACUCUGUAUGACUGGCAACUAUUUGAGGACGAAAAUCUGAAAAGAUUGUUCAGUAAAAUCACCGACAUAGGGACUUCAGUGCAGGAAGAUACAGAUAAACUAGCGAAGAUGAACAAGGCGGGAUCAGAGAUGGAGUCUAUCUACAGCACAACUAAUGUUUGUCUGAGUGAUGGAUCAUGUCAUCAAAUAGAACCUGGUCUUACUCAGAUAUUAGCGACGUCUACGAACUACAGUCUCUUGACUGAAGCUUGGAAGCUUUGGCGAGAUGUGACUGGAAAGAAAAUGAAGCCAAAGUACAAAACACUUGUAGAUUUAAGUAAUGAAGCCAUCAAAUUAGCAAAUUUCUCGGACAUUGGAGCGUAUUGGCGAUCUUGGUACGAAACACCAACUUUUCAGAAAGAUUUAGAAAAAUUACUUGACCAGCUCAAACCCCUAUAUGAAAAUUUGCAUGCCUACGUCAGAAGGAAACUAAAAAUAAUUUACAAAAAUGAUGAGGAUAAGUUUCCAAAGUCUGGUCACAUUCCAGCUCAUCUUCUAGGUAACAUGUGGGCCCAACAAUGGAAUAAUGUGGGUAAAUUUGUCAUGCCGUUCCCUGACAAACAAAGUAUUGAUGUCACACCAAAAUUGAAAGAAAAGGGAUACAAUGCCAAGCGACUGUUUGAAGUCUCCGAGGAGUUUUUCGAGUCACUGGGAUUAAUUAUAAUGCCAGACACAUUCUGGAGGGACAGUAUGAUAACUAAACCCGCAAACAGAGAAGUGGUAUGCCACGCCUCAGCAUGGGACUUCUAUAACAGAAAGGAUUUUAGAAUAAAAAUGUGCACUGAGAUAAAUAUGGAAGAUUUGAUUACAAUUCACCAUGAAAUGGGACACAUAGAAUACUUCCUACAAUACAAAGAGCAGCCUAUAUCCUACAGGGAUGGUGCUAAUCCAGGUUUCCACGAAGCAGUUGGUGACGUUAUGGCUUUAUCUGUCUCUACACCAGAACAUCUUCAUGAAAUAGGUCUACUGGACAAACUAGAAAAUGAUACAGAGACUGAUUUGAAUUUCUUGAUGUCGAUGGCCCUUGAGAAGAUUGCCUUUCUGCCGUUUGGGUAUCUUAUUGACCAGUGGCGCUGGAGUGUUUUUAGUGGGGAGACGUCCUACACAGACUACAAUAAAAAGUGGUGGGAACUAAGAUGCAAGCACCAAGGUAUAGCUCCACCCGUACUGAGGUCGUCGGAUGAUUUUGACCCCGGCGCUAAAUACCAUGUACCAGCAAACGUCCCAUAUAUCAGGUAUUUUGUUAGCUUUGUUAUUCAGUUCCAGUUCCACCAAGCUUUGUGUAAGGAAGCGGGCAAGACUUCGGUUCCUCUUCACAGAUGCGACAUUUACAGAUCAAAGAAAGCAGGUCAAAAAUUAAGUGACAUGCUGAAGUUAGGAUCUUCCGUGUCCUGGCAAGAAGCGAUGGAGAGAAUUACUGGACAGCGUGAAAUGAGUGCAGAACCACUGAUGGAAUACUUCAAGCCCUUGACAGACUGGCUAAAGAAACAGAACGAGGGGGAAGACCUAGGAUGGACAGAUACCUGUCCUGGGUCAGGACGGAGUGGACGCAUUAAUGAACCUUCAGGGUGGUUAAAGGAGUACAACAAGAUGGCACAACAACAGCUUUAUGAAGAGUCUGAAGUGGAGUGGAAUUAUGCGACAAAUAUCACAGACGAAAACUCCAAGAAACUGGUUGAUGCAAGGUUAAAGAAUGCUAAAUUUGAAAAGGAGGCGGCUCACAAUGCAACUCAGUUGUUGAAAGAAUACAACUCGAGUCUUACUUCAAUCGAGAGAAGGGAACUGAGGAAAAUAUCAAUAAUAGGAACAGAUGCAUUGAAAGACGAAACAAAACUAAAGCAGUUAAACACUCUACAAUCGGAGAUGGAAGGUAUAUACGGCAAAGCCAAAGUUUGUGUAGAAAAGGAGAGAUGCCUGUCUCUUGAGCCAGACAUCUAUCAUAUUGUGGCUACCUCCCGGAAUUACUCAGAACUUGAAUUGGUGUGGAAAGGUUGGAGAGAUGCCAGUGGGAGGAGAAUGAAAGAUAAAUAUGAAGAAUUUGUGAACCUCAGUAACCAGGCCAUAAGGGAUUUAGAUCAAGGAUUUCUGGAUACUGGUGAUUAUUGGCGAUCCUCCUACGAGAGUCCCACUUUUAAGGAUGAUUUAGUUAGCUUAUUGGAGGAGCUGAAACCAAUGUAUCGGGAACUACACAGUUACGUCAGAAAGAAGCUCAUCGAGCGAUACGGAGCAGAAAAAUUUCCUAAAACUGGGCAUAUCCCGGCGCAUAUUCUAGGAAAUAUGUGGGCGCAGAAAUGGUUCAAUAUCUAUGAUUUAGUUAUUCCAUUCAAAAAUAAAACACGAGUGGAUGUUACUCCGACAAUGAUUGCUAAGCAUUACAAUGCUACUAAGAUGUUCCGCAUUUCGGAGGAGUUCUUUACUUCCCUUGGACUCAAGCCAAUGCCUCAGACAUUCUGGGACAAGUCAAUGAUAGUAAAACCGUAUGGACGUGAGGUAAUUUGUCACGCCUCAGCUUGGGACUUCUAUAAUCAGAAAGACUUCAGAAUUAAGAUGUGUACAGCUGUGAAUAUGGAGGAUCUGAUUACGAUACACCAUGAAAUGGGACAUGUACAGUAUUACUUACAGUACAAAGACCAACCGGUCAAAUUCAGAAGGGGAGCAAACUCUGGUUUUCAUGAAGCCAUUGGAGACACUAUGGCCCUGUCUGUAUCUACUCCUAAACACCUUCACAAAAUCGGGCUACUGGAUAAAAUUCAAAACGACACAGAAGCUGAUAUUAAUUUCUUGAUGAAAAUGGCAUUGGAGAAGAUUGCUUUUCUCCCCUUUGGGUACCUCAUCGACCAGUGGAGAUGGAGUGUUUUCAGUGGAGAGACCCCUAAAGACAAGUACAACCAAAAGUGGUGGGAGCUGAGAUGUAAAUAUCAAGGAAUAUUUCCCCCAGUGGAUCGGUCAGAAGAGGACUUUGACCCCGGUGCAAAAUACCACAUACCAGCUGAUACACCGUACAUUCGAUACUUCGUUAGCUUCGUGUUACAGUUCCAAUUCCAUAAAGCACUCUGUGAAGCUGCUGGACAGACUGGUCCCUUGCAUCAGUGUGAUAUCUACCAGUCUAAAGCGGCAGGAAACAAACUAGGGGACAUGCUAAAAUUAGGUUCUUCUGUUCCAUGGCAAGAGGCAAUGCAACAGUUAACGGGACAAAGAAAAAUGAGCGCAAGCGCAAUCAUUGAGUACUUCAAACCUCUAACUGAUUGGCUGAAAAAUCAAAAUGGAAACAGUGGGAAAGGUUGGCAGGAGAAAUGUCCGACAUAUCUAUCUGACGGUGAUAAAGCAGCGAAGCAGUGGUUAGAGGACUAUAACAGGGCGGCACAGAAGGCUUACUACGAGGAGUCAGAGGUGGAGUGGACCUACGCCACCAACAUCACUGACGAAAACGAGAAGAGGCAGAUUACAGCCAGGCUAGAUUUGGCUCAGUUAGAGAAAAAAUGGUCUGGGAACGCUUCAUCCAUUUUACAUGAACACAAAAUAUCAAAACUGACAGAUAGCGGGAGACAGCUGUUCAGCAUUUCUGAUAUAGGAACCAGUGCUCUUCGGAAUCAAACAAUGCUUGAAAAUUUAAACAAACUUCAGUCAGAAAUUGAAGGCCUCUAUGGCAAGGCACAACUUUGUCUGAGCAAUGAGAAAUGUCUGUCCCUUGAGCCAGACAUGUACAGAAUAAUGUCCACUUCGCGGAAUUUUACGGAGCUACAAACAAUCUGGAAAGGAUGGAGAGAUGUUAGUGGGAAGAAAAUGAAACAAAAGUACACCGAAUUUGUAGAACUGAGUAAUCGGGGAAUACAGGAAUUAGGAAUGGGUUAUAAAGACACUGGUGACUACUGGAGGUCCUCUUACGAAAGUGAGACAUUUCAGGACGACCUCCGAGAGCUCCUGGAGCAACUUAAACCUCUGUAUCAGGAACUACAUACGUAUGUCAGAAAGAGGCUACGUGAUUACUACGGAGCAGACAAUUUCCCCAACUCGGGACAUAUUCCAGCGCACUUACUGGGAAAUAUGUGGGCACAGGAAUGGCAGAAUAUUUAUGACCUUCUUAUACCAUUUAAAGGCAAAACAAACGUCGAUAUCACACCUACAUUAAAAGCCAAGAAUUACACAGCUCAUCAGAUGUUCAAAACAGCGGAAAGCUUCUUUAAGUCUCUGGGUUUGCAACCAAUGCCAGAACCUUUCUGGAAUAAGUCAAUGAUUGUUAAGCCUCCGGGACGAGAUGUGAUAUGUCAUGCGUCUGCUUGGGAUUUCUAUAAUCAAAAGGACUUCAGAAUUAAGAUGUGCACUGACAUCACAAUGGAAGAUUUGAUAACUAUCCACCACGAGAUGGGACAUAUACAGUAUUAUCUCCAGUAUAAGAAUUUGUCUGUUACCUACAGAAAUGGUGCUAAUCCAGGAUUCCAUGAGGCUAUAGGAGAUACCAUGGCCUUAUCAGCAUCAACACCGAAACAUUUACACAAAAUAGGACUUCUGGAGAACCUGCAGAGUGAUCCAGAGACUGACUUGAACUACUUGAUGAAGAUGGCUUUGGAGAAGAUCGCCUUUCUUCCUUUUGGCUAUCUGAUUGACCAAUGGAGGUGGAGCGUGUUUAGUGGAGAGACAACUCCAGAUUAUUACAAUGAUAAAUGGUGGUCACUGAGAUGCAAAUAUCAGGGAAUCUCUCCACCAGUAAAAAGAACAGAAGAUGAUUUUGACCCAGGAGCCAAAUACCACAUUCCUUCCAAUACACCGUAUAUAAGGUACUUUGUCAGCUUUGUCAUCCAGUUUCAGUUUCAUAAAGCUUUAUGUGAUGAAGCGGGACAAACAGGUCCACUCUAUCAGUGUGAUAUUUACCAAUCAAAGACAGCCGGCAAGAAACUCGGUGACAUGCUAAGGUUAGGGUCUGCUUAUCCAUGGCAACAUGCAAUGGAGAAAUUAACAGGAAGCAGGAAGAUGGAUGUUGGUCCUUUGAUCGAGUACUUUAGUCCCUUGUUAGAUUGGCUGAAGCUUCAGAAUGUAAAUGAGACAGGUGGUUGGAUGGAGGAAUGUCCUGCUUUUCUCCAGAAAAUAGAUAUUAACAUGACUGAACAGUGGCUGAAAGAAAAUGAUGACCUCGCUCAGAUAAAACUAAGUGAGGAGAGUGAAAUAGAAUGGACGUAUGCCACAAACAUAACCGACGAGAAUGCACAAAAACAGGUAGAAGCACGGGUCAAACUCGAUAAUUAUUUAAAAGAUUCUGCAAGGCAAGCGUCUUAUUUACUACGUGCUCUUAACAUCUCAAAAACUUCAAGAAUUGGACGGGAGUUGUUCAAAGUGUCUGACAUUGGAACAAGUGCCCUUAGGGAUAAGUCAAAGCUGAAAAAGUUGAACGAACUUCAGUCAGAAAUUGAAGGAAUCUACGGAAAAGCUCAUUUCUGUGUGAACAAUGAUACAUGUUUAUCUCUUGACCCAGAUAUGUAUAGAAUAAUGUCGACAUCCAGGAACUUCUCGGAACUAAAAUUGAUUUGGAAAGGAUGGCGGGAUGUCAGUGGAAAGAAAAUGAAAAAUAAAUACGCUGAUUUUGUAAAACUAAGUAAUGAAGGCAUCAAGGAACUUAAUAUGGGAUUUAAGGACACUGGAGAGUACUGGAGGUCAAAAUAUGAAAGUACAACAUUCCAGGACGAUCUUAAACAGCUGUUAGAACAGUUGAAACCAUUGUAUCAAGAGCUCCAUACUUAUGUUCGAAAGAAGCUGAGAGAGCAGUAUGGGACAGAGAAUUUUCCUGUGUCUGGCCAUAUUCCUGCUCAUAUACUAGGGAAUAUGUGGGCUCAAGAGUGGCAGAAUAUUUACGAUUUGGUGAUACCCUUUAAAAGUAAAACAAAUAUAGAUAUCACUCCUGUAUUAAAAGAAAAGAAUUUCACUGCACUACAAAUGUUUAAAACAGCUGAGAAUUUCUUUAAGUCCCUGGGUUUAAAGCCAAUGCCUGACACUUUUUGGAACAAGUCAAUGAUCGUAAAACCAGAGAAUCGAGAGGCUGUGUGUCAUGCUUCUGCUUGGGAUUUCUAUAAUCAAAAAGAUUUUAGAAUCAAAAUGUGUACUGACGUCACAAUGGAGGAUCUGAUAACCAUUCAUCAUGAGAUGGGACACAUUCAGUAUUAUCUUCAAUAUAAGGACCUUCCAGUGGCCUUUCGGGAUGGCGCAAACCCAGGUUUCCAUGAAGCAAUAGGCGAUACUAUGGCUCUCUCUGUAGCAACACCAAAACACUUACAUAAAAUAGGGCUUCUCAAAAAUCUCAUCAAUGAUAAAGAGACAGAUUUAAAUUUUUUAAUGAAAAUGGCAUUAGAGAAAAUCGCGUUUCUCCCCUUUGGGUACCUCAUCGACCAGUGGAGAUGGAGUGUUUUCAGUGGAGAGACCCCUAAAGACAAAUACAACCAAAAGUGGUGGGAGCUGAGGUGUCAGUAUCAAGGUAUCACUCCCCCUGUCGAGAGGUCAGAAGAGGACUUUGAUCCUGGGGCAAAAUAUCACAUCCCUUCAAAUACCCCAUACAUCAGGUACUUUGUGAGUUUUGUGAUACAGUUCCAGUUUCAUAAAUCUCUGUGUAAAGCGGCAGGACAGACUGGUCCCCUAUAUCAGUGUGAUAUCUACCAGUCUAAAGAAGCAGGACAAAAAUUAAGAAACUUGCUAAAAGCGGGAUCCUCUAAACCUUGGCCAGAGAUAAUGAAAGAAUUGACAGGGCAAUCAAAAAUGGAUGUCUCUGCUAUUUUAGAGUACUUUGAACCUUUGCAUGCAUGGCUGAGGGAACAAAAUAAAGGCGAAAUGAAAGGGUGGGAGAAGAACUGCAACACGUUCACCUAUGGACAGCUGUUCAGCUACUGGUUGAAAAACUACGAGGACAGGGCUCAGACAGAGUUCCACAACAACAUGAAAGCGAUUUUUGAAUAUGAAUCAAAUAUAACCAAUUAUAACGAAAGAAAAAAGAGAGAAGCUUCUUUGAGGUUUACAGACUUCAGAAAAGAAGCCUAUGACUAUGUCAAACAUAUCGACAUCCCCAACAUUAAGAAUGAGCGACAUCGAAGGCUAUUUACAAAAAUCAAAGAUAUAGGAACGGGAGCAUUGAAAAGCAAACAAGGUUUAGGAAGGAUGGAAGACUUAGGAUCAGAAAUGAUAAAUAUAUACAGCUCUGCUAAGGUUCCUGUAAAUGGAGUUAUGAAGGAACUAGAACCAGGUCUAUCAAAGAUUUUAACUGAAUCCUCGGAUUAUGAUGAACUCCUUCAAGUGUGGAAAGGAUUCCGAGACGCGGUAGGACCUGCAGUUAGACCCUUGUAUGUAGAAUUUGUUUAUCUGGCUAACAAAGCUAUCAGGGAUCUUGGGUAUAAAGACUUUGGGCAGUGGGAGAGACGCAGCUUUGACACAGAGACUUUGCCUCAGGAUGUUGAAAAGAUUUUGAAUGGGAUGAUGCCUAUGUAUCGUAAUCUCCAUGCCUACGCAAGGAAAAAACUGAUGACAGUAUAUGGUGCAGAAAAAUUCCCUACAACCGGACACAUUCCAGCCCAUUUGCUAGGAAAUAUGUGGGCUCAAAAGUGGGACAAUAUUUACCGAUUACUCCAGCCGUAUAGGAACGCACAGUUGAUUGAUGUUACACAGGAGCUGGUCAAACAGAAAUAUACAGUAAAUAAAAUGUUCAAAACUGCAGAGGAUUUCUUCAAGUCCUUAGGAAUGGACAGAAUGACGGAUAAAUUCUGGAACUUUUCUAUGUUAAAAAAGCCCACCGACAGGAAGGUUCUGUGUCACGCCGGUGCCUAUAAUCUUUUCGCAGAAAAGGAUUUUAGGAUAAAGAUGUGUACUGUGAAAACUCAUGAGAGUUUGAUCGUCAUACAUCACGAGAUGGGGCACAUCCAGUACUUCAUGCAUUACGAAAACCAGCCUGUUAAUUUUAGAGACGGGGCAAAUCCAGGUUUCCAUGAAGCUAUUGGAGACACUAUAUCUCUGUCUGUACAGACCCCUAGUCACCUCCAAAAGAUAAAUCUGUUAAAUAUAACCAGAAUGAACAAUGAGUCAGAUUUAAAUUUUUUGAUGAAAAUGGCAUUGGAAAAAAUUGCAUUCCUUCCAUUUGCUUUUGUAAUGGACAACUGGAGAUGGGGUGUAUUUAGCAGGGACGUCAGUCCUGAUGAUUUCAACACCAAAUGGUGGCAACUCAGGUGCAAAUAUCAAGGAAUCUCCCCACCCGUCAGAAGAACAGAGAGUGACUUUGAUCCGGGGGCAAAAUAUCACAUUCCAGCUAAUUAUCAGUAUAUAUCGUAUUUUAUGAGUUAUAUCAUGCAAUUCCAAUUCCACAAAGCUCUUUGCAAUGCUUCUGGACAUACGGGCCCUUUACAUACCUGUGAUAUAUAUCACUCCAAAAAAGCAGGAAAGAUAUUAAGUGAUAUGUUAAAACUAGGAUCAUCCGUACCCUGGCCUGAUGCUAUGGAGAAAAUAACUGGCCAACGGAAUGUAGACAUUGGCCCACUUCUCGAGUACUUUCAGCCACUAAAUGAUUGGUUAGAAAAAGAGGUCAAGGACGAACGUAAAACCUGGAGCGACGAAUGUCCAAACUUGCCUCCUCCUAAAGCUGCGACAGGGAGCAAAAAUAAUAUAAAUAGUGCUUUAUCUAUACAUGCAUCCAUGUACACAAUCAUUGUGAUGAUAGCAACAUUUUCAUUAUCGUUAGUAACUUGACAUUGGAAUUUUUUUAUCAUGUGAAAUAAUAUUUCAUCCAAGCUUUA